AUGGUGGUGAAGGUGUAUGGUGCAGUUAUGACUGCAUGCCCACAGAGGGUGUUGGCUUGCCUUGUAGAGAAGGGACUGGAGUUUGAGGUUGUCCAUGUCGACCUCGACUUCGGCGAGCAAAAACGACCUGAGUUCUUAAUUCGUCAGCCUUUUGGGCAAGUUCGAGUGAUGGAGGAUGGUGAUUUCAGGCUUUUCGAUUCGAGGGCAAUUAUAAGAUACAUUGUGGCCAAGUACGUGGAUGAGGGUCCCAACCUAGUGGGAAGGAACUUGGAGGAGAGAAGUCUUGUGGAUCAAUGGUUAGAAGUGGAGGAAAACAAUUUGAACCCUUUAAUUUUCACAGUGGUUCUUCAGUUGGUAAUCCUACCUCGGAUGGGGGAGAAAGGUGACUUGACACUAGUUCGAAACUGCGAACAAAAGCUUGACAAGGUGUUUGAUGCGUACGAGCAAAGGCUCUCCAAGAGUUCCUACCUUGGAGGAGAUUCAUUUACUCUUGCUGAUUUGAGUCAUCUUCCGGGCAUAAGAUAUUUAGUGAAUGAAGUUGGAAUAGGGCACUUGAUCACUGAGAGGAAGAAUGUGAGUGCAUGGUGGGAGAACAUCUCCAAUAUGCCUGCUUGGAAGAAAGUCAUGAACCUUGCUUCUUGA